GUGCUGGGUGUGUUUGACGCCAGUAGCAGAAACUUCCUGGUUGUCGCGCUUCACCUGCCGAAACCGAAGCAAUAAUUUACACAAAAACACAAUCGCCUGCUCAUACAUAUACAACAAGCUGACUGUUCAUCGCUACCUCACAUCACCUGUGUGAAAGCGGAGAGAAAAGUCAUCAUUUGAAGCAGAGAAAUCAGUCACGCGCUGCUGGAGCACCCAAAGAACACAGAGGAUGAGCGUGUUUGCCGGUGGGAAGGAUGAAGAGUUCCCCAGCUAGUCGCAGUCGGGACAUCGAGCGUCAGGCAGGAUAUCUGCGGCCGGAGCACUGCGCGCCGCCCCCUCCGCGGACACACUCGGCCGACGACAUGUGGUUCAUCCGGGACGGCUGUGGCAUCGUGUGCGGCGUGAUCACGUGGCUGCUGGUCUUCUACGCCGACUUUGUGGUCGUCUUCGUAAUGCUGCUGCCGUCGAAGAAUGUGGUGUACAGCCUAAUUAACGGCGCCUUGUUUAACGGACUGGCCUUCCUCGCCCUGGCGUCACACUUCAAAGCCAUGUGCACCGACCCGGGAGCCGUUCCAAAGGGAAACGCCACUAAAGAGUUUAUCGAGAGUCUGCAGCUCAAGCCUGGACAGGUGGUGUAUAAAUGUCCCAAAUGCUGCAGCAUCAAACCUGAUAGAGCUCAUCACUGCAGUGUGUGUAAGCGCUGUAUCAAGAAGAUGGACCAUCAUUGUCCCUGGGUCAACAACUGUGUGGGAGAAAGCAACCAAAAAUACUUUGUGCUUUUCACUAUGUACAUUGCUUUGAUUUCUCUUCAUGCUCUCAUCAUGGUCGCUUUCAAUUUUAUCUUCUGUUUUGAAGAAGACUGGGCAAAGUGCAGUUCCUUCUCUCCUCCGACGGCCGUCAUCCUCCUCAUCCUCCUGUGCUUUGAGAGCCUGCUCUUCCUCAUUUUCACUGCUGUGAUGUUCGGGACGCAGGUUCACUCCAUCUGUAACGAUGAGACUGUAAGUGAACAUCUGCUGAUGUCACUUCCUACAAUAAUAAACCAUUUCUCCUCAUGCCAGGUUAUUAUAGUGAACUAA